AUGGACAUCGACAUCGACAUAUCCGACAUCCUAGCCGAAGUCUCGCGGCCUACCAACGCCAACUCGCAAUCCCAACCAUCAUAUUCCGACACCGACGCCUUCACCGACCACCAAUUACUUACACGGGCAUGGACAUCAGAACGCUGCGCGCCCGAAUUGCUUCCCUACCCUAGCGACUUGCUAGACAGGGUGAUGGCCCGUAUUCAAACCCAAAUCACCAAGAUUGAAGAUCUCGCUUCUAGCGGUGCCAUGACGGAACCAUCGUUAGCCUCCAACACCAACGACUACUACGGCGGCAGAAGCAGAAAUGUAACAUCAUCAACGCCACAAAAUACAAACCUCGUCCUCUCCAUUCUUCAGACCGACCUGUCCCGCACGCAGUUUUUGGUCCGGAGUUUUUUGCGCCAGAGACUACAUAAGAUCACCAAGCAUGCUGGGUGGUAUCUUGCGCAGCUGGAACAAGCAGAAAGUGGCGCAGAAAGUGGCGGAGGUGGGUAUGGGUAUUUGAGUCCCGCCGAAGCACAAUUCCUACGUGCUCAACAGGCGUUACUUUCUGAUUUCUACGGCGCCAGCUUUCUCAAUGCGUUUCCAGCCGCGUUGAGACGACUUGAUGAUUCGACGGGUGGUGUGCCGAUGGUUGAACGGCCUGAUGCGGAUACUGCGGUGGUGGUGCGGUGUCUUGCGGAAGGUAGAAACAGAGACGAAGGUGAAGGCGUGUGGAACAAUGAGCGAGAUCUUGAUGAUUUGUCACAAGAUGACCAAAAUAAGAGAGGAGGAGCCACGGUUGAGUUGAGGAUGAGAAGGGGCGAGGUUUGGGUUGUGAGGUGGAGAGAUGUAAGGGGAGGUGUGGAACGGGGCGAGCUGGAGUUGUUGUGA